AUGGAAGAGGAGAAGUGGGAGAAGGCCCCUGGCAUGGGGUUGGGGGCCCCUUCUGCUGCUGCUGCUGCUGCUGCUGCUGCUGCUGCUGAGGCGCCGUUGGUGCUGUCUGUAUCUCCUAGGACAGAGCCCUCUCCUUUUAUUGAAUUUGCUGCAUCUCCCCCUCAACUGCCUUCUCUUGAGCAGCAGCAGCAGCUGCUGCUGCAGCAGCAACAACAGCUGCAACAGCAGCAGCAGCAGCAGCAGGGCGCUGCUGCUGCAGCUGCCGUUCCCCAGGUGGGUGCAGCAGCACACCAUGAAUUUCUGCCGCCACUUGUCGCUGCUGUACAGUCGCUUCCUGCUGCUGCUGCUGCUGCUGCUGAGUUGGGUGGAGGCGAUGAGGCUUCCGCCGUUGCUGCUGCAGCAGCAGGUGCCGCAGAAACAGCAGCAGCAGCAGCUGCUGCUGCAGGAUCGCAGCAGCAGCAAAGACAAAGGAGGAGACUGAGGCGCCCACUGCAGCUUGAUGAGAGCGAGGAAGAAGCACUUGAGGAGCAGCAGCAAGAACAGCAGCAGCAGCAAGAACAGCAGCAGCAGCAAGAACAGCAGCAGCAGCAAGAACAGCAGCAGCUGCAAGAGAAGCAGCAGCAACAAGCUGCUGCCUCCGAUAGCAGCUCGCCAGUACCCAAUUCCUUCCUGGCUGCAGCCCAGCGGCUGUUGUUGCUGCAGCAGCAGCAGCAACAGCAGCAGCAGCACGCGGUGAGACCUCCCCGUGCGGUUCUCCCUCGGCUGCCUCGUUCGAGCUCAUUGCAGCAGCAGCAGCAGCAGCAGCAGCAACAGCAACAGCAGCAGCAACAGCAGCAACAGCAGCAAUCGCGCUUCCGCUUUGUUCCAAAUAUUUCUGCUGCUGCAGGCCCCCGCACAGCAGCAGCAGCAGCAGCAGCAACAGCUGCUGCUUCUGAAGGGACAGAAUUAUCGCUCACAGGAAUGCUGCUGCACGGCCUGCCGCUGGCGCAGCAGCAGCAGCAGCAGCAGCAGCAAAGGCAGCAGCAACUGAAACGCCGUGUUGCAGCAGAACAAGGCCGACAACCGGUGAAGUCGGAGCAGCAGCAGCAGCAACAGCAGCAGCAGCAGCAGCAGCAGCACAAGCGGCAAACGAAGCCGCCUCCUCCGUCAGUUGGGGCGGUGCUGCGGGAGGCAGCAGCUGCAGCAGAAGCAGCAAUCAGCAGCAGCAGCAGCAGCAGCAGCAGCAGCAACGAAUCUGUCUCAAGCAGCGGCCCAUUUAUGUUGCUGCAGCUGCCGCGGUGUCUUCCGCCUCUUGACAGAGCCGCCAUGGUGCAGCAGCAGCAGCAACCCAGCAGCAGCAGCAGCAGCAGCAGCAGCAGCGAGCCCCUCAGUACAUUGGAGGAGCUGCCCUCUGGGCGCAUCGGUCGCCUCUUUAUUCGGCGCAGCGGUAGAGCUACCUUCCACAUGCAAUCUGCUGCUGCUGCUGCUGCUGAUGCUGCUGCUGUUGCUGAUGAUGGUGAUGGUGCACACCCCACACCAACAGCAGCAGCAGCAGCAGCAGCAGCAGAGUUUGCGGUGUCUUUGGGGUGUGAUGUUCGCUCCGCUCAGCAGUGCGGCGUCCUCUUAGCAGAUGCAUCAGAAUUCGUAUUCCUAGCAGGCGUUUGA